CAUCAAGUGGAUCCUUCUUCUCCAACCCGGUCCAGCGUGACCCUCAUCCCCAAAGGCCCGGUUCAAGUGUUGUGUUUCGCCAAGAACCGCGUGGGGAGAACCAGAGUGCCCUGUACCUACACUCUCUCCGUGGUGGAACCCCCACAGCCACUUCAAGACUGCAACAUCACCUUGAUCUUAGAGGCACUGCUAGAGGUGAAAUGCGACGCCCCACGCCCACGCCCCGCGCCGCCCAUGGCCAAGAGGACGCCGCCCACGCCCAGCUGUCGCCCAGUGCCAGCUUUGUGCUCUCCCCUGAAGCUGGUGCAAAGGCCAAUCUUGAGGUGUGGUCAGAGGGCACCCUUCUGGUUAACGUGAGCAACCCGCGCCCUGUCUUCCUGGUGAGAGGCCUCCCUCCAGCCGCGCCUCUCAAACUAGUGCUGUACUCCGCCACGCCCCACUCCAGAUCCACACCCGUCCUACUGUAUACACGCACUCUGCCGCGCUCAACCUUCCCCGUGACAGCCCUCCCUCCUUCGCCAGGCCCAGAGAGUCGAGAGAUGGAGGAAGGCACAUUAUCUACUGACGGAGGCCUGGGCGGGGGACUGGGCGUGGCUAUCGGGGGGCUAGUGGGCGGCGUGGGUCUGACUCUGUUGGUGUUGGUCCUCGUCAUUCUGCUCAUGCGCCGCCGGCAGAGACGAAGGGCGGCGCUGGAGGACCUCGUGGCUGCUCCUGCUAGUGAGGCCAUUGAGACACCGAAGGUGGUGGAAAAGACAGUGGAAGUGGAGGCGGUGGUGACGGAAUCUCUUGAACUUCCCAUCACUCCCCGCCCCCCAGCACGCCCCGUCCCCCACACACGCCCCGUCCGCCUCACACCCCCCGUCUGACGCGGCUCCCACAGACCCCGCCUCCGCCUAAGGUGUUGAGGAGAGGCAGCGAGACAGGGACAGUGUGCAGUCAGGAGAGCGUGGUUGACCUGACCAAGGCGGCGGGAAUCGAGGUCACGGUGCGGGGGGUCACGGGCACGUCUCCUAAGGUCAAGUGAGGUCACGUCUAAGGUCAUGUGAGGUUAUUAAUACAGCGUUAUGCCUCGUGUGUUUCCCAGCAUCCCGUUCCCCUCCUCCUCCUCCUCUUCCUCCUCCUCCGGCACUUGUUUCUCAUUGUGCGUGUGUGUGCGUGUGUGUGUGCGCGUGUGUGUGCGUGUGUGUGUUUGGUGGGACGACGGAGGCUGUUUUAUUAUGUAUAUUUUGUAAUAAAGUUUUAU